AUCAAAAUGUACUUAGUAACUGUGUCAUAUGAAGUAACAAUUCAUAUAAAUACGUAUAUAUGAUCAAGUUAGCCGAAUGCAUAGAACAGUUUGGUUUAUUUCCCUUAGUUAUCAUUGCGAUGGAAGAAAGGACUAUUAAUCUUCAUUUAAUACUACUAAUUACAUAUAUAACAAUCAAUUUAGUAACAUUAGGAAAUACGCAAAUGUCCAUGAGUCAAUCAUUGAUGGAGACGAUUGACAGAGCACAAAACGAAGCAAUGAAUGUAACUAGCAGAGAAGAAAGUUCUUCCGGUAGUGGGAGAAAUGAUAUGAAAUUGAUUCAAAGCGAUGGCAAUUAUUAUAAGAAGAGACAAUCAAACAAGGCAGGUGGUAAACGCUAUGAAGGUCUUUUCUAUUCUCGUGGUUAUUCAAUAUUUGGUGAUAUUGAUUCAGAAACAACUACAUUUCAGUAUGGUGGUAAAAUCACAAAAUAUGGUAAACGUAGUCGAAAAUAUUCCGACAGAGAUACAAUUGGAAGUUCGGAUCGAUAUUCUAGUUCAUAUAUUAAAGAUGACUUCAAGAUUCGAGCUAAAUCAAAGAAAAAAUAUGCAAAAGAUUAUAAUGGAAUGUCUGAAAUGACAGGGAGGGAUAUGCAAAUCUCUGGUAUUCGGAAUAAUAAUGGAAAUAAAGGAAGAACAGAAACUAAUAAAGAUUCACAAUCGAGAGAAUCGCGUAACAGAACUGAAGACAUGAGAAACUUUAAUAUGCAUUAGUAGUUUCAAAUGCAGUAAAUCACCAGAUGUGAUAAAUAUGUUUUAUUCCACAUAGAAUCAAAUUUAUUUAUGUAUAAAAUAAUGUCAACCACUAUUUUGAUAAUUGUUAAACAACAUAUGUAUCAGAAAAUAAUGCAAGUAAUAUUAUCAAUAGUUCUUCCAAAACGUGAAAAGAAUUUUACGUUUGUUGCGCUAUUUUCUUACCAUAAAUAGCAGUU